AUGUCCCAUAACUUUGAGAGAAACCCCUUUGACGACUUCCCAGAGUCGCCAAGGAAGCCAGAUAGCAUAUAUACCCCUGCUUCUUCUCCAAGAAAGCGUGAGUAUGGACUCAAAUCGUCAACUAACCAGUUAGAAUCCCCUUCCAAAGCCGCCUUGAAGUACUCCCCGGCCGUUUCAUUCAAGAGAAGCGAAUCCGGUCUGUUCAGCAGCAGUACUGCCAACAAGUUCAUCAUUGCAGCAGAGAAAAACGGGCCAACUCCUCGUGCUGCCUUCACCACCCAUGAGUCUCCAACCAGAUCGAAACCAGCAUUGGUCCGCACAAAUUCCGAUUCAGAUGACAUUUUCAGCUCCAAGAGCGACGAACUGAACAGAUCCCUCGGCAGCGACCGCAGCGACCGUGCCCUUGAUACCCCACGUCCAUUGUUUUCCGCGUCUGCCUACACUGCAGCCAAUGCCAGUCCAUUCAAAAACUCGAUUCCAAGCCUCAACCCGUCUAGAGAAUCGUCGCAGUCGUCGCAGUCGACCUUGAACAGUAACAUGGUCGAGCUCACCAAACAGGAAUCCGGACCUUCGUUCUUUGACCGUGACACAAUCGGUUCCAAAACUAUCGACGAGGAAUACGACUUUGGUUCCAGCUUGGACGGUAAGCUGUUCGAGGAGCUUCCAAAGGACUUCCAACCAAGAAGAAACAAAUACAGAACUACUCAAAAAACGUUCAAGUCCAAGAAUGGCAACCUGAUCUUGGACAACCCGAUCCCGUCGACUCUGUACAACUUCCUCCCUUUGAAAGGAGAGGACGAGUUCGAUUACAUGAAGUACUCUGCCGUCACUUCUGGUCCAGACGAGUUUGAAGAGGAAGGUUUCACAUUGAGAACGCACGAAAUGGGCAGAGAAACUGAGAUUGUUGUUUGCAUCACGAUGUAUAACGAAGACGAGGUUGCUCUGACCAGAACAUUGCAUGCUGUGUUCAAAAACAUAGCUUAUUUGUCAAAGAGAACCAACAGCAGCACUUGGGGUAAAGACUCCUGGAAAAAGGUGGUUGUGUUGAUUGUUGCAGAUGGUCGUAACAAGAUCUCUGCUGGUGUUUUGCAAAUCCUCUCUGCCAUGGGAAUCUACCAAGAAGGUAUCUCCAAAUCGCUAGUCAACCAGAAGGAGGUGCAAGCACACUUGUUUGAAUACACGACCCAGUUGUCCAUUGACGAAGAUUUAAAGUUCAGUGGUAGCGAGAAAGGUUUGUGUCCUGUUCAGCUGGUUUUCUGCUUGAAAGAGAAGAACGCUAAGAAGAUCAACUCGCACAGAUGGCUGUUCAACGGUAUCUGUCCCGUGUUGGAGCCACGGGUGUGUGUUUUGCUCGAUGUGGGAACGCGUCCUUGCGAGAGCGCCGUUUACAACCUGUGGAAAGCAUUUGACUACGACUCGAACGUUGCUGGUGCUGCUGGAGAAAUUGUGGCCAUGAAGGGUAAGAUGUGGCGCAAGCUGAUCAACCCGCUGGUUGCAUCGCAGAACUUCGAGUACAAGAUGUCCAAUAUCCUCGAUAAGCCUUGCGAGUCUGUCUUUGGAUACAUCAGUGUGCUGCCCGGUGCUCUUUCUGCGUACAGAUACUCAGCUUUGAAGAACCACGAGGAUGGAACAGGUCCAUUGAAUGCCUACUUCAAGGGAGAACGGCCUGAAGGGUCUGAGGACGCUGGAAUUUUCUCUGCCAACAUGUAUCUUGCCGAAGACAGAAUUUUGGCCUGGGAGCUUGUUGCCAAGAAAGAUGCCAAGUGGGUUUUGAAGUACGUCAAGAGCGCCAAGGGAGAAACAGAUGUUCCUGAGGCCUUGCCGGAGUUCAUCUCCCAAAGAAGAAGAUGGUUGAAUGGAGCGUUCUUUGCGGCCGUUUACUCGCAGAGCAAGUUCUUGGACAUCUGGCGGACAGAUCACUCUGCGUUGAGAAAGUUCUUCUUGCACAUCGAGUUCCUUUACCAGUCACUGACAUUGCUUUUCAGUUUCUUUGCCAUUGCCAACUUCUACCUCACGUUCUACUAUCUUGCCGGAUCGCUGAUCAAUCUCGCCGGCACUGGAGGAAAAGUGCUGUUUGAGAUCAUGAACUACCUGUGUUUGUGUACUCUGUUGGGAAUGCUUGUGAUUUCCAUGGGUAACAGACCACAGGGAGCUCCGAAACUGUUCCUUGUUGCUGUGAUUCUGCUCACGAUUUGCGGAGCGUACGCCAUUAUUUCUGGGUUCUACUUCCUGGUGUUGAUGAUUCAGGACAACUCUGCCGGUGAUGCUGGCGGAUUGAGUUUUGCAUCCAUCUGUGUCAGUUUGGCAUCCACGUACGGACUGUAUGCGUUGAUGUCCAUUUUGUACUUGGACCCAUGGCACCUGCUUUCGUCGUCGGUGCAGUACUUUUUGAUGCUGCCGGCUUACACCUGUCUGCUCCAGAUUUACGCGUUCUGCAACACGCACGACGUGACUUGGGGAACGAAGGGAGAGAACCAGCCGGUGUCGAGUCUGGGAGCUGCCACCGUGGUGACCAACGAGGAGGGCCAGGAGGUGAUCAAGCUGGAUAUCGUGGGAGACCAGAGAGACAUCGACUCGAUGUACGCAGAGAACCUGUACCAGCUGAAGGAAAGAAGAAAGACGCCGUUGAGUAUGAGAGACGGAGGAAUUCCAAAACUCAAGAUCAACUCCGAAGAUUACUACAGAGACGUUCGGUCGCGGGUGGUGCUGAUCUGGACGAUUGCGAACGUGAUUCUUGUGAUGACCAUCACGCAGAUCUACAAGCCUGACUCGAUCAAGAACAACAAGUACCUGGCUGUGAUCCUGUGGAGUGUGUUUGUGUUUGCACUGUUCCGGUUCGUGGGCUCUUUCUCGUUCCUGGUGCACUUUUUGCUGCGGAAACUGGUGAUUGCCAAGAGCAAGUGGGACCUGCGCCGCGGCGGGGGCGAGGAGAAGGUGAAUGAGAUGGUUAUGCUUUAA